GCACCCCGCCUCAGUUCCAGGUGAACAGUCCAUCACGACAGACCGGCUGGGCUACGGCCGCACAACACCCCCAACAACUACUCACACAAGUUGCCUCUCUCUCUCUCUCUCGCUCUAACCUCAGCUGAAUCUCUUCUUUCUUUUCGCUAGGAAAAGAAACGACACGAAAUCGAAGAAAUUUAGUUGAAAUCCCCCAAGAAAAAGGUGUUGCGAACUCUCCGUCAUUUUUGUGUGGAUGGUUGUCGACCGUCGGUUUUACAAUUAUUUGGUGCGUCAUCGGUGGUAGCGGCUCUUGUAUAAUUGGUGAACUCAUUUGAAAAAUCAUCAUCGCCCAGUCUCCUCUCCUCCGCCUCCCACAGCACUUGCGAUAUUGACCAGGAUUACACAAUUUUUCACAUCACCGGAAGGGACCGGUUGGGAAAAGAAUUUAUUGUUGUUGUUUUUUUUUCGGAAGCGCUUUUAACGGGCGCCAACGAAUCAAGUUUUUCAAUUCAACUUUCCACGUCCGGCCCGCGAGUCCCAAGAUGCAGCAGCAGCCAUCCAUCGGUGGGUGGAGCGUUGCUCUUGCGGCUCUCCUCUUACUCAACGUCGCAUUCAUCAAUGCCAACCAAGGAGGAGAAGGAUCAACGUCCGCCUGCGACCUGUCGACCCAAGUGGCAUGCCGGAAUCACCCCAGCAUCUGCAUCGAGCUGGAACGUGUGCAGGACGGCGUCGCCGAUUGUCCCGACGCAUCUGAUGAAGAUUGUCAGCCUUGGGAGUUCACCUGCUUGUGCGGGCAGCCACGUUGCAUCAGCGGAGAUCUGGUUGGCAACGGGAACCUGGACUGUGCUGAUGGCUCCGACGAAGGGCUGAUUGGUGGCAACUGCAAGUCGGACGAGGACUUGCAGAACAUCGACGACCUCGUUAGAUACCGACGCGCGUCCUCCGAUGUGCGAGUGGAAGUCAACGCCGGUCAAACGACGACGUUCUUCCUGAAGACGGAAUUGCCUCUGAACCGGCCCAGGCCGCUCGGAGUCAUCACGUCGACCAAAGGAGCCUUCAUCAACGAAGGGACAACAACCGAGUACACGACGCAGAUUGUCGGCACUUUGGUAGACGGCACUUACGCCAAGAUCCAGAGCACCAAAUCGCGCGUUUUCUCGCCCGUCCCCACUGAUUUGUUCGCUGUCGAUCUGCCCGCCGAUCUCCUACCUACUGGACUCGUUUCCAGCUCAUUGGUCACGCGCAUUCGGGGCGAAACGACCACAAUCGAAACGACCGAAUUCGUCAGGACUUUUAUCGAUGCCAUUUACGUCCAAGAAAUCCUGACCUCUUCGGAAAUCUUUGCCCCACUUAAGCCGAUCGACGCCAAUGUCCAGCCGUCGCCCGUCAGUCAGAUUGUUAUCCCCACUGUAGUCAUCGACAGCAGUCUGGCCAACGAGGACGAUUCCGGCAAGAUCAUUUUCAAAACGGCCCACCUGACUUCGCUUGUCGGCGAGCGGGUGAUUGAAUCUUCCAUUGGCGGAAUCAAUCCGGCCUUUGAUGAAGACAAGCCCACCGAUGACGAGAGCAAGAAGAUCAUCACCAGUUUCGAAGAAGUUCCCGACAACAACCUGCGCGGAUCUCGAGCCAGGAGCGACUUGUCGCCAGAACUGGUCGUCCAGACCAAACCUGUCGUCGUCCUAGAGACUUUCGUUGCCAAUUUGCCAUCGGCUCGCAUCGCCCAGCCGUCUGCCAUCGAACCGGAAAUCUCCGAAUCUGAUGUGCCCGUCACGGAGGAAACGGAAUCGACGACCAUCAACCUUUUGUCGGAUGAGCCGGAACCUGUUUUACCUGUCGAAAUCGAAACCGCGGUAAAGGAUCCUGCCAUCAAAAUCGAAACUGUGGAGUCCGCAGCGAUCGUCAUCCCUGAAACUGUCCAAUCGGAACCCACUCCAGCCGUCGUCGUACCUGAAGAGCCCGUCGUGCCCGUCAAUAUCGAAUCUGUUGCAGAAUCGGAGCCUGUCGUUCCCGUUAAAACUGAAGUUAAAGAGGUCCCGGCCGUUCAAAUCAUCGCUGUUGAAUCAGGAUCUGUUGCAGUCGUCAAAACCAACACUCCUGCGCCAGCUGUGAUUGCUCCUUUCCACGUCGAUGCUGUCGUCUCUGACGCCGCCCUUGUUGAAGGCAUCGAAUUUGAACCGGAAGUCUUUACGGAUGUUCCGGAAAGCGAAACGGAAGCCAACACGGAAAGUGAAGUACCUAGUCAAGACGGCCAAAGGGAACCUCGCGUUGAAGCGAGACCGCCAGCAAUCAGGCCGGCUAUUCCUGUCCUGGCGACACUCCAACUCCGACCUACUGAGCCAUCCCGUCCAGUCGGACUCAUCUCCUCUUUUGAAGGUUCUCUUGUCAAUAACGGAGUGACGACCGUCUACACUUCGCUCAUCUUCGGCACGGUCAUUGAUGGCGAAUGGGCUAACGUGGUGAGCACAAUCACCAGCGUCAUAACUCCCUCGGCCGUCUUGCCCGUCCAAGUGACUCCUGUGAGUGCUGCCCCAGCUCCGAUCGUUCCCGUUAAAGCCCCCGUUGAAAUUGUCGCCACUGCACCCGUCGCCGUGGCUGUCACAGAGUUACCGGUCGAAUCUAAAUCAGUGGCGCCCGUCGAGCUGGAGAGCAGUUUGAGCCAGCCGGUUGAGGCCAGCACUCCCGUCGCCGAAACACCCCAAGGUUUAUUGCCCGUCACUCGGGUGACCACAUUCACCUUCUUCACGACGUUCACGGAAACCAAAGGAGAAGAAGUCAUCACUUCCGUCAGUUCCCGUGAGGUGGUCAGUUCCGACGUCCAGUUUGUUGAAGAGACAAUCAAACCGGACGAUAUCAUCGAGAUGAUGCUGGGCGAAUCUGGCAAUGAGACCAGUCCGUCCAUCACGACCGUCUUCAAAACCUACACCUAUUUCUCGACCCUGUUCGAUGAAUCGACAACUAAAAUGAUUACACGCGAGGAAGUCGAGUCCAGCGUGAUUACCCUCACUGGCGACAGCCCAGUGGCUGCUACACCAAAGUUCCAGGAGGCUACAACGAUGAUGGAAACAGAAAUGAUGAGCACUAAAUUGGUGGACGAAAUCCAGCCCAGUAUCAUCGAAUCUUCUUUGAUGGAAUCGGUUGGCGAUGCCGAGGGCAAGAGGAAACAGCUGUUCAGCUCGCUGGCCGGCGGAAUUGUCAAGACCUUCUUCACCACGUUUACCUUUUUCACGACCGCAUUGAUCAACGGAACUACCGUCGUUUCUAGCCGCAUUGUCGUCAGCACCAACGCCGUGACGCCCACUGUCCAGCUGACCGAUAUCGACGAAGAACUUUGGGAGUCGCUCAAAGCCCAGGAUGAACGCAGAAGCCAGGAAUCUGCUUUGGCGUCCAUUCCGGCUUCCGUUUCAGAGUCCGUUUCAGAGCCCACCCUUACGGCUGUAGCUGGACCGACAAUUGAAACCGUUGUUCCGGUCGUGUUCACUUCCACCCCUGUCGUAUCGACGCCUGAACCAACCACUCUCGCCGUCGAACCCGUUUCGGAAGAACCCGAAAUUAGCCUGCCGGAAGUAACGGUCGAAACCUCAGAGGAGCCCAUCAUCUCUACGGACUUGCCAACUCCGCCAUCCGUCGAAGAACUGGUCCCGGUUGUUCCUAUUGAAAUUCCGAUGGAACCCACUCCGGUGAUGGUUUCAUCCGAAUCGCCGAUGGAGGUCAUUUCCGAGGAACCGGCCGUCAUCGUCUCUGAAUCUCCAGACGUUGCAACCAUCGAGCCUUCAACGGAAACCGAUCCGUCGCUUCCGCAAACGCUCUACACGACUUUCACUUACUUGACGACCUUUUUCACGGAGGGAACGUCCAACGUCGUGAGCCGUGAGGAGACGGUGACCAACGUGAUUACCGAAACGGACGUUGUAGUUGAGGCCACGGUCCCGGUCUUCCCCAUCACUUAUUACACGACGUUCACUUAUAAAACAACAUCGUUUUCCGAAGGGCAAACUUUGAUUGACACGCGAGAAGAGACCGUGACCAACAUCGUGACUCCCACGGCGGCCGAACCAUCUCCGGCAUCUGUCGAGCCGAUCGUUGCGACGUCGGUGGUCGAGAUCAUACCCACGCCCGCCAUCGAUCCGGCCCUGACCACUUUCUACACCACCUUCACCUAUUUCGCAACCAGUUUUGAAGCCGAUUUGCCCGUUGUGACCAGCAGCGUUGAAACCAUCACCAAUUACGUUUCCGCUUCUGAAACGGUCUUGCCUCCGUUUGUCAAGCCGCCGGCCAGCCCGGAUGAAGCUCUGGUUAUCGACAUCCAGCCGACACCACCGGCAACUGCCGGCGAGUCGGUGGCCAACAACACGGCCCGUAAUAUUGGCUCUAAUGGGGUCAGCCAGUUGAUUAUCGACCUGGCGGAAUCGGAAAAGACAAGCCUUCCAUCUCUAACUGGAUUGCUGUCAACCAUCCGCAGCACGCUGGUUAAUAACGGCAUUACGACCGUCUUCACAACUGACGUUCUUGGCACGUUCAUUAAUGGACAAUACGCCCGCAUCUUGGAGAGUUCGAGCGAAGUGCUCAAUCCGGCUGUUCAAAUUCCGGCAACUGUUAUCGUGGCUGCCAGCGGAGUGGAAGGUUUGGAAGCAACGGAUUUGUUCCCGACUUCUGUCUCGACACCGGCCGUCGAGUUGGAAGGGUCUAUCGUCCUGCCCGUCAGUCCAUCGCAGACGACGAUUAGCCCAACACCUGCGGCUGAAAGUGGCGUCGAAGAACAGGACAAUGAAGGCUCAAAAGUGGACGGUGGGCGGAUCACGACGCGCCUCUCGGCCCCUCCCCGCAACCGCACUUUCGUUCCCUCCAUCCGGCCGUUCACCCAGCGGCCACGACCUCCUUUGCCCAUCAGGCCAAGACGGCCGCCUUUCACCAGUGCCGCCGCCAGCGUGGCUGGUGACGAGACCAGCCCUACCUCUUCCAUUGCACCCAGCCCGGCCUCAAUCAGCGGUAGCAGCAGCAGCAGCAGCAGUUCUACUUCUGCUGGUAGCAUUAGCCGCCCAGCUCCGUUUAGCAGCCGAUUCCGGCCUUCCGGCGCUUCGUCAAUUGUCGUCGCCAGCAGCACGUCAACGGAAUCUUCAUCCCGAAGCGGAAGCCAAUUUUUCCGUUUGCGAUCGUCGCUGUCCGGCUCGCCGUCCAGCUCUGGUGGCAUCAGCCCAACUCCCGUCUUGACCCCCUCUUCCACUGGUCUUCCGGGCCGUCGAUUCUCCAGCAGCAGUUUCGUUCCAUCGAUCGGUUCCGCUCGUAGUAGUAUCGGCGGGUUGCCUCCUCGACGGCCAUCCAUCUUGAGCAGUGGUGUCCGGCCUUCUGGACUAUCCAGCAGCACGAUCGCCAGCGCCAGUAGCCCAGCAUCGACGACGACUCCGCGAUUUGCACGACCGACUACUCCGCCGACCGUCGCCGCUAUCGAGGAAGAAAUCACAACCGACGAUAAUGUCGAGGCCGUCUCGCCAACUACGGCACGGACGGCUUCCUCCUCAUUCCGACGACCUGCUCCGAUCAGACCAGCAAGUCCAGCCAUUGAACCUUCCUUAGUAUCGCCACUCAUUCCAUCCCGUCGCCAGUUUCCGUUUACGAGGGCCAAUUCCCGUAACGUGAAUCCGGCCGUCACGGUGACGGAAUCGACUCGCGCUCCCUCCGAUUCCGGUAGUUCCAGCAACGCCGUUCCGUCUGAAUCGGGCGCUACAUCUCGCCCCAGAUUCGUUCGCCCGCCAAAGUUGACUUUUACCGAAAAACCAAGACCGGCCGUCACUAGACCCACUCGGCCAGCCAACAGAGGCGAAGCAGCGGCGGCGGCAUCCAACAUCAAUGUGGUCACCGUCGAAGCGCCCGAAACCGUCAACUCCCGGUCCAAGCGUCAAAUUGAUUUCGAUCACUAUUUCUACGAUCCCGCUCACUACAGGCGGCCGUCCAGAAAGACCAACCGGACGCGCGGUCGCACCACCACCGCCACCGCUCUAAACCAGGACUAUGACUACGAGCAGCGCAUCGCUCUACUCGACGCUGUCGAUUACGAUGGAUUAGAUUACGAUGAUCGCAAAGUGACCAAAUCCCGCCAGACAUCCUCGGCCACCUCCGCCCUUAGAGAUCGACUUAUGGCCAACCGCCAGAACCGCAAUCAAAACACCACGCCAGCGCCACGGACACGGACGAGGACCUCAGCGUCUUCGACGGGGAGAACUCAGAGCAGAAGACCUGGAACUUCUUCGGCGACUAGAAGCCGUCCGUCGACCAAUGCGGCAACCAGGCAAAGAGCCAGAACAUCUACCACGACCGAAAGGCCGUCAGGUGGUCGCCGUACCUUUGGCAAUAACGCCAGAAGGCCCGGCACCAGAAAUCGUGUACCCGCCAACGAUUUCGAAGAGGAGGAAUUCAUUUCUCCUGAGCCCGUUCUACCCAGCUCUGCUCCUUCGCUCUCCUUGCCGAUCAGUGUGACCCACAAGAUUCCGACGGAAACGACCAUUCCGGUGGUGAACAAUGGCCGGACCGAAUUCAGAACGGUCAUUGCCGCCAAGCCGAGCAUUGAAGUGCUGGACCAAUAUUCGACCAUGAGAGUCAGUGGUACAUGGCGUUAUCUGGCCAGUGAGGUGAGCGCUACCCCGACACCGGGCACGACCCUCAUUACCCAAUACGUUUUGAAACCGACGGAAACGACGACGGUCACCUUUACGCCGACUACUAUCCGCGGACGGCCGACUUCCUUUUCCCACAUUGUGCCCAGCACAGCUUUCGAAGUAGAGACGGUCGUCUCGACCAUUUCCGAUCCGCUGGCAUCCACCAACAACCUCCUGCAACAACUUUUGCUCGGCGGACUUCAACAAAGCGGCCCAGUCACCAGUUUCAUCACCCACACCAACACGUUCGUGACGACAUUGACGGAAUUGAAAACGACCAAAAUUCCAAUCACGCUGCGUGGUCAAGAAAUUUUCACGACCAUUAUUGGCUCGUUGAGUAGUGUCAUAACCGCCACCGAUUUCAGUACAGAGACCAUCAUCACUGGACCGACUGAAGGGCCUGGAAAUCCUCUAGCUAAUUUGCUUCCGGCUCUUCUGGGCAAUCAACUUCUCCAAGCGCAACUGUUGGCUCCUCAACUCCAGCCGGCCCAAGUGAUGCCCAUCCAAGCCACUCAGGUUCCCCAAGCAGCUGUUGCGCCACAACAGCCGAAAAAGGAAGAAGUUUUCUCCAGUCAAGUGUUUGACGAUCAGUUUGAAGAAGUUGUUUUCGAGCCUCUCGAAGAAGUGAAAGCAGUUUUUGAACAGCCGAGAGAAGAAAUCAUUCCGGCUAAACCUAUUCCGGUUACAAGUGUAAUCACUCUUUUCUUGUCUGGUCGUCGCCCCGGAGAAUUCAGUUCCAUUUUGUCGACCAUCACAUUGGACGGAGCUGACGCUACGGUAGUCAAGCGCCAAAUUGACCCCACGGAUAUCCUUCCGAUGGAAGCAUCCGAGCUCCCUUUUAUGGUUGGAACAGACAAAGGAAUCUACGAGCUGCCAGAAAAGUAUUCACCACUCGAUCUUGACUAUUAUGUCAUGUCGGCCAUUAACGAAAUGGACACUGAAGCCAUUGAAGACGCUAAAGAGACCCAGCGUCUGGCUGACAUUGUCAAAAAGGCAAAAGGAUCAAGCAAGCGUAAAGUUCGUCAAGUUUCAUUCGACUGGACCGAAGAAGAGCCACUGGAAGCCAUUGAAUCUAAUUUGGAGGAAUUCAGAGUGGAGCCGUUGCCCAGCGGACGCGGAACACUCCGGCGCAGGACCGUCACUCGCAAAGUGUCUGAUCUUUUGCCGGUUUCUGAACGGAAAAUUGGCGAGGAUUUCGUAUCCAACAACCGAGCCCGUAAAGUUGUUGUCGUCACUCGACGCCGCCCAGUUUCACCCACUAACGCCGUCGACGAACAGACAAUCGCUCGCCGGAUCGAUAAAGAAGAACCGGCCAACGCUGACGGCAAACCUUUUGUCGUGAUUCGCAAGAGACCAGUCAAUCGAGAGGAACCUAAAAGCGAAGCACCGCCUCUUUCUUCCUCGUUGAUCGAACCGGAAACGGAAUCUCCGUUGCGGAACAACCUUUUCGGCGACGCCUAUGCUCCGCGGACCUACUUCACCGUCUAUUCUUAUUUCUACACGCUGUUGAACGGCCCCAAUUCCGGACAAGUGUCAACCCGUGAAGUCAGCAUCUCGGAAGUGGUUCGCGGCUCAGACGGCCGCAUUCCUGCCGGAUUCCAGCGCACCGAAAACGGAAACGGAUUGUAUCCUUUGAGCAGCGGCCGAUCGGUGGCCGAUCUCAGCACUCGCAUCAACAAUGGCAUCACGACUCAGGUCAAUUUGGCGUCGAUUACUUUGGUCAAGUACGGCCGUGGAGCCGUUCGAGCCUCGGCUAUUGGCCUCAAACCCAAAGAGGAAACACCCGUCCGUCCGACCACUCAGCCACCUCGCCGAUUGUCCAUCGUGCCCACUCCUCGUGUCGAACCGUCAUUCGAUGAUUUCGCUUCCGAUUUGAACAAUGACGUGACCGUUUUGCCGACCCAGAAACUUCCAUCGGCAGUUACACGGACCAGAGGACGAGCGCUGGAUGCGGCCAGAACCACAAAUGUUGUCCGCCAACCAGUGGCCGUCGAAGAGGUUAAGACAAUUAGCAGAGCUCCCGGUUCCAACCGCGGUCGAGGCACUGUUCGAUUCAAUCCAGCUUCCGUCUUGGGAGAAAGUGUGGAUGUGCUGCCGACAUUGACCAGGCCACGUGUUAAUGUUGAACAACGAGUUCCGCAACAGCAACAACAGCCCCGGAUCAUUGCUCCGCCCACUCGUGGUCCGGUUCGAGUUCCUUCUCGAGUUCUUCCAGCCCGCGUUCCGGUCCGCAGUUCAGUCGUCAGAGAGCCUAUUCGAAGACCAGAACCAGUAGUCCGCAAUUCAAUUAUCCGAGGCCGCCCACGACCGAUUCAAGAACAAGACCUCUUUGUCGACGUUCCGGAAGAAGAGCCUCUUCCGCCAUUUGAAGACGAAGUUUUCUACGACGAUCUCGGUUUCACCGAAGACCCUCCAGCCGACGAAGAUUACUUUUACGAUAAUCACGAAGGCGGAUUAAUUGACGGACAGGAACCUGAAUACGAUGACUUUGUGGACACUAAUGAGCCGCCAUUAGUUGAACUCAACACAGUCGAGACUGCGACUCCGGCUGUUAAAACCAGGACCACCGUGGCCAGCACACCGGUGGCCACCACGACGGCAACUGAAUCCAGCACUACCAGCAUUAGCAAAUUGAUUGGCGUCACACCAGUCCGCCGGACGACAAUCUCUCGUAAAUUGUUGAAUCCCCUUCAGAGCCAUUUGAGCAGCAUUUUGGCCAAUUCACGAUCCGGUUUGAGAUCGAGUUCCAGCGUUCUUAAGACCAACGAACCCGGUUCAUCCAUUCCGUUCCGCCUUCGUUCACACUCGAAAUCCAGCGUCGUGCCCACAUUCACUACGUCGACGGUCGUUUGGGAACAAUUCCAAACACUCUCGACUCUGGCCGUCGACGGAGGUCGAAGUGGAAUUCCGCUGACGCUUAUCACAUCAUCGCUGACUACCUUGUAUGAUUCGGAAUUGUCACUCUUGACGGCGUCUCCGGAUGUGUUCAAACCAGUCGUUCAACCGACCGUCUUGCCCAUGUCCCGAAAUAAGCCACAUAAUUUCAACCCAACGGCCCGUCUGACAUUGCCCAUCCGCGCAUCGGUAGCUAUCGGUCUCCUGCCAUCGACGGGCAUCGUCGAGUCGACCAUCGAAGACACGUCCGAGCCAACUACCGAGUCCAAUAUCGACACGACAGAUGUUCCCUUCUUGUCCGACUUGUUGAAUCGCGGUGGCAACAUCGUCACAGUCGUCGAGACGCACCUGAAAACUUUCACCGCCGUCAUCACACGAAAGAGCGGCAACGAAGAGGAGGUCACCACCCGCCUGGAAGUCCUGCCCGAAUUGGUAACCAAGACGGUUGUUCAAAUCGAGCCGACAUCAGUUGUUGAUGUCCAGGCUUCCCUAGACGCUUUGGAGAAUCUUGUUCCGACGGCUCGAGCAAUUCCCGCUAGAGAUGGCCGCGAACAGCUGAUUAGCGAUGACGGGAUCGAAGAAGUUCGUGGCGCUCGCCUCAACGUCGGGUCCGGCAGCAGCAAUAGAAACCCAAAUUUCGCUACGAAAAUAAUGAGCAAUGGAGUCGAAGUUCUCGUUGCCAACGAGAAGAAACCGACGCUGUUGGCGCAGAACGUCGUCCAGAAAAGCCAGACGGUCAUUGAGCCGAGUCCGCCCAUCACUCUGGCCGCUAGCACGCUGAUCAAUCAAGUUACUCUGGCUGGCGAAGUUGAAAAUGUUCGCCUCUUCUCUUCCAUCCAAUCCGAUCCUGCUCGAUUCCAGACGCUCACUCAAAUGACCACCUUCACUUACCUGACGACUCUGUUUGAUGGCGCCUCGAAACUGGUCAGCAGCCGGGAGGAGAUCAUCACUAACUUUGUGACGCAGGAAAAGGGCCGUAAGGAAACCGUUGUCAAGCCAACAGCUACCGUCACUACUGGGCAGCCCGGCUCGUCCAACUACAACACUUUGACCCACAUGACCACUUACACCUACUUCAACACUUUUGUCGAUCAAAAACGCCCCGUUGUUUUGACGUCAAAGGAAACCGUUUCCAAUGUUAUUACCGUUCCAGCUGGACAGCCGGAAGCUUCUGAACCCUCUUUCGAAACGGCCACUUACUUGAGAACUUACAUCUUCUCUAGCAAGCUGGACAGGGAUGCCAUCGCCACGUCCAAGGAAGUCGUCACCCAGGUUGUCGUCACUGAAGCUCCGCGCUUGAAGGUUCAACCGACGCCCGUCGCCACCUUUAUGGAAGUCACCAAAACCUAUUUGAACACGUUGACUUUGCUGUCGACUCAAAUCGACGGUACAACAUCGACUGUCCAUCGCGUCACCACCGUCAGGCCGGAAAUUGUCGUCGAGACCAUCCGCGACUUUGAGCCGACGCCAGUUCUCGAUGGCUCUCUCAUUAUGCCCACUGAAGAUGAUUUCGGCGGAGACGGACCACUUGUCGCCACCAAAACUUAUUUCACCACCAAGACUCACUUUACGACCCUGCAGCAAGGCACCAAGACCAUCGUCCAAUCUCGUAAAGAAGUCCGGUCUUCCGUUGUCACGGAAACCAUCGACGGAAAUCGAGCUUCACUUUUCGCCCAGCCCGCCAGCGUUGCCAAGGCCCGCCCGACUUACGUCCAGCUUGGUCCCAAUCUGUACGGAAAGUUGAGAACCUUGUUCGCCACGGCUACUUACUUCAUCACCAAUUCCGCCGGAGAAAUCUCGUCUAAACGACUUGUCGUUCCGCAAGUUAGUACCGAGAUGGUGCCGCUGGAUUCCAUCCCGUCGGAAGCACUUAUCGAGCCAUCGAUUCCUGUUCUCUCCGACAUUGAGGUGACCGAAGUACCUACCGGAUCCAGCCAGAUCCUGACACCUGAGCAGCUUCAGUCUUUGAAGCUUUCUUUCCUGGCUGGCCAGCAAUCCUCGGCAGCCAACGUGCAGCCCAGUUUGAUUUUGAGUCCGGAACAUUUGAGUUCGCUGAAAGAAUCUUUCUUGUCCAACCAGCCGUCUGUCACGCCGACCGACUCGCCAUUUGAGACAAUCGAUACUUCCACCGAUCCUGAAUUGACAGACUUUACCACCGAUCCCAGCAUUGAUGACGGUUUCGAGCCACCAGUAAUCAGCUUGUCUCCGCCGGAAGUAGGUGCCGGGGAAACGGUGAUUAUGGUUACCAAUACUGCAGGUGAGGUUUUGAUCAUUCCGACCGAGAUCCUCGGCAACCAACCAUCGGUGACCUCAUCAUCUUCAUCUUCGUCAUCUGGCAUCAUCGGCGGAUUGAGUGGAGCAGGUGUUGAGACUCUACAACAGAAUCCCGACGUGCAAGGCCGUCGGCCACCCAACAUCAUUCCAUUAAGACCGGGCCAGCAGCUGCCACAGCAGCUGACACCUAACCGACCGCAGAGACCACCCACUGUUCUGCGUCGUCCUGAACCCGGAGUCCCACUUCAACCUGGGGUACCUGGCUCGCCUCUUCUUCGUCCUGGAGCUAGCAUUGGCCAGCAAUUUGGAGUUGGUCAGCCAGCCCAGCAACUAGUAGCUGCGCCAAUUAGCUUCAGCGCUCCACCGCUGCAGACGGGAUUCACUGGCAUGCCCAAUCAGCCCAAGUCUGUCCUACCGUCUACCCGCACCAGCGGAUUGGCCACAGCUGUUCCAGGCGUCCGACCACCUCCUCCUCCUUUCGUGAACGGCCAAAACAACAUUGAUCGCGCUCAUAUUGAACCUAGCCGCCCGAUCCAGACGCCCAUCCGCCCAGCUAACGGCCAGUUCUUUGCUGCCAAUGGGCAACAGAUUAAUGUGCCACCUUUGCCAGGAUCGGUAAUCCCACCACCACCAGCAUCUCCUCCUCCAGCACCACCUGGCCCAAUUCCUCAACCACCAGUCGACGUGAUUGGUCCUGGAUCGAUUGUCCCUGGUCCCGAUGGUAAACCGGUGAGAAUUGUCGGUGUCCCAGAAGGUGAAGAGCCGCCACCAGGAGCUGUUGGACAAGUCUUUAUCCGACCUGUGCCAGCAUUGGUUCCAGUUAUUCCAUCUGUCGUUCGACCUGAGCAACAACUACCUCCUAGACGCGAAGAUGUCAUCGUUCCUCAACCUGGCACUCGCCCGCCACCAAUCCAGAUUCCGGCUGUGCAAACGAUUGCAUCCAUCGUCGGUGACAACAAGAUUGUUGCUACCAACAUCAUCAAUGGCGGACAAACGACUGUUCUUCUACCCAACGAUCCUACCCCUGUAUUUAAUGUACCGUCACUGAGCGUCACGGUCGGCGUUAAACCAUCUAACGUCGAAGAAUUCAGCGUGAUGCCAACCGAAGUAUCCGAGUCAGGAGCUAAUUUGGAAGGUGUGAGCAGCAUUCUCCAGCCUGGCUUGUCUCCUACCACCCCGGCCAGCAAUUUAGAAGGAGUUGGCAGCAUGUUGCAGCCCGGUUUGGUUCCUUCCGCAUCACCAGAAGGAGGCAACAUCGAAGGAAUAGGCAGCCUUUUGCAGCCUGGCUUGGUUCCUUCCGGAGCAGCUAGUUUGCCACCUGCCAUGGAAAUUUCUUCCACAUCAGUGACUCCUUCCCUCCACGAAUUCGCAUUUGGCUCUGAGAGCGGCGAAGUCGAUCACACGCCAACACUCAACAUCUUCUCCGACAGUCCGUCCACCGAGAUUAUGCCUUCCGUCUUCCAGAACGCUCCAUCUGAAGCUCCAACAUCCGAGCCCAAGUGGCCACUUGUCCAUCACGACAUGGACGCACUUGAAAAGAAGGAACCUUUCGGUGUUACUUCCGUCGUAAUGGGACCCGAUAGUCAAGAAUUUACGACUUUCGUAUCUCGAGUGGAGUCUGACGGCCGAACAGCCUUCUCUACCAUCAUUCAGAAAUCUACCGCCAUCGCUUACGUCGAGCCAACAACUAUGCCAACAACCACCGCCGCUCCAGUCACACCAGACAUUGAAGAGGAGGAAGAAAAGAUCGCGGAACCUGUCCUAACUUUCCCGCCCAACUCACCGUUCGUUCCGCCAACCAAUCCGCCAAUGCAUCCGCAAGCCAUCAGCAGCAGCAGCAGCACUAGCACUACCAAAUCUAGAACCACUUCGACGACUCCAGCUGCCGAAAUUGAGCCUCCAAUGGCCAAGGAUGUCAUAAUGGACAAUAUGGGCAACAAAGUCGUUUUAGGAGGAGGAUUCGGUGGAUCUUUCAGCGUCAACCAACCUUCAUCCAUCCAAGACGGUUGCCGUGGACGUUGCAGCAAAGAAAAAUCAGAGGUUUGCGUCUACGCCAAUGGCCAGCACGAUUGUUUGUGCCGUCCAGGAUACAGCCGUGCCGAUCCUUUCCUAAGCUGCACCAAAACCUACACCUACCAACUGAAAUUGGUGUUGGAAAGCAUCAACAGGACCAUGUUGCAUUUUGACAACAACUUAAAGGACGAAAUUUCGCCACAAUACCGCAGUUUGGCAUCGAACGCUCGCAUGGGCUUGAAACAAGCGCUGAUGAGCACGGAUCUGUCUGAAUCCAUUCAAGACAGCCAGGUCAUGGGCAUCCAUCCGACCAGCGAAAGUGAAUUGCAGAGUGACGGUGUUUUGGUCGAUUUCUUUGUCCAUUUGGCGAAACAACAAGACGAAGAUGAACUCAAGAACAAGUUGAUGAAAUCUCUAGAACGAAACAACUACAUUCUUGGAGAUAGUGACAUUAUUGCUUCUCGUUUCACCGACAGUCUUCAAGCUCAAGAUUUUGACGAGUGCAGUCAUGAAGGCCAUCACGAUUGUUCCGAAUUCGCCGAUUGUAUCAAUGAAAAGGGAACUUACCGUUGCCAAUGUCGACCGGGCUACAUCGAUUCUGAAGAGGAUGGUCGCAUUUGUCUAGCUGAACGACAAGAUUGCGAAGAGUGUAGCGGACAUGGACGAUGUGUCUUUGAGCCAAUUUCUAAUGAAAUGAGUUGCAUUUGCAACAAGUGGUUCACCGGCAAAGAAUGCCAAAUCAAUCUGAAGGUGGUGAUGAUCGUCGUGCUGGCUGUCGGUAUCUUCAUGAUCCUCCUCGUUACGGCCAUCAUUGUUGUUUGCUGUUUACGUUCGCGACGGGCCAAGGGCUCCAUUACUGGCGGACCUUCUUUCCUCAGAUACAGGGGUCCGAGUGUUCCAGCAAGUGGAACUCUUGACAGAGCGGCCAUGAUUCGCGGAGAUACGAGCAGCGAGGGAAGCGGAAACGACAACUUCGCCGCACAGGGAACAAGCACCUUGGAUGGCAAAGGCGGACCACGCGGAACAGCUGGAGGCCCUGCCCUUCAGAGCUACCGGCCUUACGGCGAGGGACUAAUGAUUCCAAGAGCUAAACACCAACACGGCCCGACCACAGCAUCCGGGAACAAUUCAAGCUCAGCCGAGAGAGGUGAAGCUGCACCCAACCGUGAACACCAGUUGAUGGAUUACCUUGAUGGACGCGGUCCCAAGAAAGUUCUUCCGGAUAGAGAUGGUAAAAUGACAGACACCCGUUCAAGCGAAGUACUCUCGGCCGGUGGAAGAACUUCAGUCAGUAGCACUUCACAAUUCCGCGACAGCCUUGGAAAUAUGGAAUCUGCGGAAAAGGACGCACAGGAAAAGGCCGACAGCUCUGUCGCUGUAGACGUAGACAUGACUGUAUCGGAGGUUCGUUCAUUCGAUGAGACGACCAUCCAACCAGCAACGAGGCGACCUGCGCAAUACUACCAAAGUGAUGCUGCGGCUAUGGAAUCUGAUGGCAUGUCAGCCAGGGAUCCGGCUGGUGCCCGUGACUCCGUGUUGCCUGGUCAAAAAACACUGAUUCAACAGUUGCUUUCUUUUCCCCAACCGUUCACCAUUACCCGUCCGAAAGUCUACAAAUCCCUUCCGAGAGAGUGACAACUCCAACUUCGACUCUUUGUAGACCACUACAUACGGGAUGAUCGUGGCCAGAAAAUCUUGAAAUAACAAUUGUUUUUUUUUUCUUUUCUCGUGAGCGGAUACGACAGCUCUCCAAUUUGAAGUAACAACCCAGCAGGUCGCACACAAAAAAAAAAGCAGAGAGAGAGAGAGUUUUAAAAGUAUAUAUUAGACGAUUGGGUUUUUACGAAUUUCUUCAUUUUUUUUCCUGCUUUUUGUUUCAUUUCUUGCUGAAGAAAAAAAAUGAAAGCAAAAGAUGUGUUUGCUCAACUGCCGGGAAAGAUUUUUUAAAAAAUACUUUUGCAUUGUUAUAAUAUCGACCACACAUUUUUCUCUGUAUCCCCCUUUUUUUACUCUUUUAUUUGUACUUUAUUGAAUGUGAAAGAAGACAUUUCAUUUAAUUGAUGCCUUUUUUUUUACAUAGAAAAAAAGAAAGAAGGGGACAUGUUUUUAAUGUUUUUAAUUAACACCCUGCAUCUUAUAUCUUUUAUCUGUUUAUAUGCAUAACUUUAAUGUUUGGGCGCGAUUCCGGUGACAAUUUUUGAAAUCACCAAAAAUAUGGCAAUCAUUGAGGAUAAAGAUCAAGUAAUUUUUUUUUUAAUAUUCCCUUCUCCAACCCUCCCCCCCCAAAAAAAAUCUAUUUAGCUGAGGAGAACAAAAUUGUAACAACUAACCUUUGGCUGGACCAAUUUUUUUUUAAUCAUGUUCAGACGGACU